CGAGAUUUCAGUAGUUUGCUGGCGCUGGGAAUCAUGGGUUCUUCGAGCACGUGUUGUCAUUCAAAUUGAUUCAAAAUCCAGUUGGCGUUGGACGAUGGCUUUCGAAUACAAGAUCACUGCUGGGAUACAAAUUGGUGCACGAUAUUCGUUAAGGAAAAUUAUGGGACAAAUUGAAGAUUUGGAAACUGACCUAAGAGUUCUCAAAAGAGGAAGCCAUCGUGUGCCCAUAGAUUUUUGUGACUCUUCUGGUGUUACUAAACUGAUUGUGAUAAUUACUCUAUUUUUGAAUCCAGCUUUGCGGAAACUGUUAUUUGCUGUAGGUUGCUCGGAUCUUUGCGUCAUAAAUCUGGUGGGCUUCCAGUAUAAAGGGGUCGUCCAUGAAUUACGUAACACUAAAGAGUGGAGGGGG